GUUUGGUUUCUCUGCGUUUCUUCCCAGGCCCUCACGAGCUGCUGCGCGUGAACAUUAAUGACAAUUUUACGACAGAAAAAGUUCACAGCUAGCCAGUUGGCUAACAGGCAGCGUAGGCUGCUGAAGCUUAGCGGAUGUGGGCGGGACCUAUGAACCUGGCGGAGAGGAAUGUAAACAGGUAGCACGCGCGUUCAUCUGCCAGCGUCAGCGUUCUCCGCGAAUCCGCGCCGGACCCAGUAAGCUGACCGGUUUUCGGGAGAAGGGCACUGGCCCGGAUGUCGGGGUUAACCGGAAGAGCAGGGUUAACCGACCGCUCCGCAAGACCGGGGUCAGCUGAGGCUGCCACCCGUGUGUGUGCGAGCGUGUGACUGAUGUCAGAGGGCCGUGCUGCGUCUCUUCUCUGCUCAGAUUUUCUGCAGCCAUGGUUGCUCUCAGGUAGACCGGUGUGUCUGUUUUCCAACACCCUUGGCAGGCGCCGGGCAGGUGAUCGUUCUCUCGUGACGAUCUCCUGGCGGCCAUGUUGGAGCGCCUCCUGCUGUCUUAAAGCCACCCGAUGCUGAGGUCUAGUUUCUCUCGUGACCACGUCCGUCUAAGUCAUCUCUCUCCACGUGUUGUCAUACGGAGUCGUGCCUGUGAAGCCGUCAGCUGAUCAUGGAGGAGUCCAGGGAGCAGCCUGCCGCCAUCGCUGACCUGGAGAUGAAAUGCGAUUCAGAGGAGCCCACUGUCAGCUCACAGACUUUCUCCAAAGAAUGCACCUUAAGCGUGACACCAGCGCACCUCAGAACUGACAUCCCCAACACAAGUGGCGGCGCCGCUGACAGCCCUGCGCUCGCCAAGGUCCCGAUGGAGGAGGAGGAAGAGGCCACACCCACGCCGCCAGAAUCAUCGCCAAGUCCAUCAUCUGAAAACAUGACUCUAACAAUCGCCACCACCACAGAGGAACCCACGGAGGCUGGGGCAGGACCAGGUCUGGACGUGGAGGAAAGCUCCUCGGUGGCGACAGCGGGUGGCUCAGACGACCAGUUGGAGUCCACGGACUCGGCAUCAUUCUCCAUCCCCAGCUUGGAGCUAUCGGAUGGGGUCGUGACAACAGGAAACUCCCUGGAUGUGGAUGACGGCCUGUCGUCGUCGUACUCGGCGCUGGGUGCGGAGGGCUGCUCGCCAUCCACCGAAGUCCCGAGUCUGCAGGACGAGGCGGCGCUGGAAGCUGCCGGGGGUGCUGCUGCUCCUCCUACUGCGGCACCGGAGCCUGGGCCCUCCAUGCCAGCGUAUUACCUGGUGAAGUGGAUCACCUGGAAGGAGAAGAAGACACCCAUCAUCACCCAGAGUGAGAACGGACCCUGCCCCCUGCUGGCCAUCAUGAACACGCUGUUCCUGCGCUGGAAGGCCAAGCUUCCUGCUCAGACUGAGGUGGUCACCACAGAGGACCUGAUGGCUCACCUGGGAGAGUGUGUGCUGUCCGUCACUCCCAGACAGAAGGCCGACGGCAUGGAGCUCAACUUCCAGCAGAACAUGAGCGACGCCAUGGCGGUCCUCCCGAAGCUGUCUACGGGGCUGGACGUCAAUGUGCGUUUCACUGGCGUCACGGACUUUGAAUACACGCCCGAGUGCAUCGUGUUCGACCUGCUGGACAUCCCGCUGUACCACGGCUGGCUGGUCGACCCUCAGAGUCCAGAGAUGGUGGCUGCUGUGGGCAAACUGAGCUACAACCAACUGGUGGAGAAAAUCAUUGACUACAAACACUCUGCAGAAAGCAGCCGAGUCAGUGAAGGCCUGGUGGCGGAGCAGUUUCUGGAGUCGACGGCGACUCAGCUGUCGUAUCACGGCCUGUGUGAGCUCAACGCGACGGCCAGAGAGGGCGAGAUCUCAGUGUUCUUCAGGAACAACCACUUCAGUACCAUGAUCAAACACAAGGGGCACCUGUACCUGCUAGUGACAGAUCAAGGCUUCCUGCAGGAGGAGUCUGUGGUCUGGGAGUCGCUUCAUAACGUCGAGGGUGAUGGAAACUUCUGCGACUCCGAUUUCCGGCUGUGUCAUCCUCCUCAGAGAGCUCCACCCACCCCCCACCUGCCACCCAGCGCCCAGGAGCAGCAGCGGCAAAUUGACCAGGACUACCUUGUGGCAGUGUCCCUGCAGCAGCAGCAGGGCGGGGCCCCAGGGCCCCUCAGUGACCUAGAGUUGGCCCGGCAGCUCCAGCAGGAGGAAUAUCAGCAACAGCAGCAACUCCAGCAACAGGGUUCAGUGCAGCAGGUCAGAGGUCAGGGGGCACAGCAAUCCAGGAGAAGAGACAAGGACUCAGACUGCGUCCUUCUGUAGACUCUUCAGCAACGCCGCCAUCAUUGUCGUCUGUCACGCCGUCGGACUCCUGUGUGUCUGCGGCGGGCGGGUGAGGGGUCACGUUCGAUGCCAAACCUCCCAGCUUCCCCUUUGUUUCACAGGUCAAAGGUCUUUAGGACGCACUCUUUGCCAAUGUCUUUAUUAACCAUUAAUAAAUAUCGGACAGCGAUGAAGUGAUCAGACGGAGCUGUGGCUGAAACAAUGACCUAUGACUCUGCAGCUGUGUUAUUUCGCAGCUCCUACUCCUCUGUAGGCUUCCUGAAGUUGACCAAUCAGUAAAGUCUUAAAGGGGAGGAGCUAAAACGGUCAGAAACAAAAUGUUUUAGCUCCCCCUUUAACCCAGUGCUUGCUAACCCCGCCUCCUCCUGUGGCUGUGGUUAAAAUUCCUGAAACGAAUGGAAACAUGAUUCCUGCCUCUUUCAAACUCGGACAAAUUUAACUUCGUACAAACCAAACGACUGAAAGCUGCUGGCUCUGUGUAAGGAUAUGCCCUCUGUGACAUCACAAAGAUCCCAGACUAGGACAAAACAAAAUGUUAAGAAUGGAUGUUUCCUCCAAAUUAUUGAAAGUAAGUGUAAUUAAAGAUAAACACCUGAGCGCUGUUGUGCUGUGUGUAUUACUGUACGCUGUAGCUGACGAGCACCUUCAGGCAACUGUUGUUGUAAUUUGGCGCCGUGAAAGUUAAACCAUGACAUCGUGUUCCCACGACGAGGACGGAAAAAUUAGGGUUUGUCUGUUUGGCCUGACUGAAGGAGCCGAUGGUGAUGUGACACGGCAGGCCAUUAUUAACCUUGAAUGUGACGGCUCCGUAGCGCUGCUUUAGCUAAAAACGGGUCUUUCACUGGUGUUUCCUGGGACCAGUUUGACCAGAACCUCCCAAAUAUUCAGUCUGAAGUUGUGAAAGAAAAAUAAGAUCCUGUGUAUCUCCGACUGGUUCUUUGUUUCCCUGCAGAUUAAAACAAGGUCGUCACGGUUGUGACAUUUGACCAAAUUAUGACAUCAAAGUUUGGAUUAAACACGUAAAAAAAGACAUUUUAAUAUCACUGAGUUUUUGUUUUUCUGUAAACAUUAACCACGACUGAUUUCAUCACCAAUAAAUUUGGCUGAAAGGAACAAAUGUAAACGCGCGUUGAGUUCCAUGUCCCACAGAUUCAUGAUUGAGUCACUGGUUUAUUUUGUCCUCUUCACUUGCAGUGACUCAGUUUUUAAACUUGAACUAAAGUCUUGAUAUAAAACUUUUACCUGUAAAUGAUUUUGUGGCCGUCAUUCACAGUGAGUGGACAGACCAGCCGUGACGUCGUGGCUGUUUUCUAUAUUUUCUCUUAAAUCUGCUGUGGAAACAAACCUAAAACUCAGGACGUUUGAGGUGAAAACCUGCGAACUGUUCGUCUCUGAGUUCAGACUUGGUGCAGUUUCUUCUUCAGAUCAAACAAAGAAUUAAGAACUUGUUUAACGUCACCACAGCGUUCCCGUCAUGCCUGUCAGGGUUUUGGGCACGGACGGCAAAAAGAUGGACGUACCUACUCUGACGCCACCUGCUGGUUAGUGAGAUCGUCACUGCAGAACAGCAGUUCACGUAACCUCUUUGAAACCAGGCGGGUCCACAUUUCGCAGAUUUGUUCGUGUGUCAUUAAUCACCCAUGCAGAGCCUACUCACCUCUAUAGGGCCUGAAGUCUUUGCAGCUACAGCUAUCGCCAUCUGGUGGCCUUCAGAUAGAACGCAGGCACUUUCUCUCUGGCUUAUUUUUUUUCAUACCUGGACGUCACCUCCAUGUUUUUAUCGUCUGUGGUAUUUUAUUUAUUAGUUUAGUUUUCUUUGGUGUGACUGUUGGCCCGCCGCUCUGUUCAGGCUUUGUUUAAUCUGCCGUCCUGUCAGAUCGUCAAUAAAAACUCUGAAUUUGA